CGUAAGCAAUGCCACAUCAGCAGUGCCACAUCAGACAGUGCCACGUAAGCAGUGCCACAUCAGCAGUGCCACAUCAGACUGCCACAUCAGACAGUGCCACGUAAGCAGUGCCACAUCAGCACUGCCACGACAGACACAAUGACAUGUCAGACAAAGUGCCACGUCAGCAGUGCCACGUCAGCAGUGCCACGUCAGCAACAUGACGGGCCUGCCAGGGCAACUGCCCAACGAGUCCCUUGCCGCCUACAAGCAGCGUUUCCACGCUCAGAUUGAGGCUGAGGAACAACGCCUGCUGGCAGCUGAGGCUGCCCGCGUACAGGCUGAAGAGGCAGCAGAAGCAGAACAUCUGCGGCUACAGGCCGAUGCAGACGCAGAUGCCCAGGCUCGCCGCAAGGAAGCCCAGGAUCUGCUGCAGCGGCAUGAAGCCAACAGCAUCGACACACUCAAGUACUGGCAUUUUGAACCGAACGGCGACGAGGCAACGCCGGAAGAGAAGCACAAGGAGUUCCUCUCCAAACUCGUGACACGGUUGUUGUAUGCUUGCAACUACCAACGGUCAGAGUUGGAGAGACAGUACCAGGACCCGACGGCACAGCUCCGCCACAUGGUGCAGAGCCACGAGUAUGCAACUCCGGCACUCAAUACUCGAUUGCUGGACCUGGAACAGGCUGUACCAGGACCAGCUGCUAGGGCUUCCAGCAGUGCACCCUCUAGCUGCCAACUGGAGGACCGCGUUGACCACAUAGUGGCAAUGCUCGGCGACAUCAGCACGUUCGCUGCGCCGACCACCACCAUCAACAGUCAGCUGCAUACAUUGAAGACCGAGGUCCAGCAGCUACAGACGACGAACGCAAAUGGCAAUCCGAAGAUGUAUAAGAUGCCAACGUUCACUCUGGAGAGGUUCGACGACUACACGCAGCAGGAUCCGGUCCUCGGGUGGGAAGCAUUCACAACGCAACUCAGGAUUCUGCCCGUAGACAAGCAUGCGUACAUCGGCGCCCUGUUCCUGAACUCAAAGGGCGGAUGCCAAACCUGGUUGCCCCACCUGGCAACCUCCCAUGGCGUCGACGUACCAGACUUGAAGGAUGUAAUCACAUGGGAGGAACUGACACGGCUGUGGAAGAAGCGGUUCAUCGUCGACGACGCGCCAGCACUCGCCAUCAACCGACUGUUCACCAUGUCCAAGGGCAACACAGCAACAGGGGACUGGCUCACGGAGUGGAAGAAGAUUGCAGUUGUGCCCAAUCUGAACUUACCAUUCGAGCAUCUACGUCGUGAGUUCUACAACAGGUCCUGUGCUGCAUUGAGCCAGGCUCUUGGUGAUCGCGAGCAGUACUCGACCUUCACGGAGAUCAUCGACAAAGCGAGGGAGAUCAUCAAGACCAACAGGUCAGCUGCACACGAGAAAUCAACAUCACGGCAGCCGACCUAUGUGGAAAAGGUACGAACUGGUCCGCGACAGCAGUACUUCGCUGCAGUCCAGCAGGACAGUAGAGAUAACCCAGCAGCCACUCCAGCAUCAAGUGACGGAGAUCAGGUGGUUGUUGUCCAACCGCGAAGCAUCAACAAGUCCCGCAACAAUGGGAAGGCGAAAUCCGCAUCGCAGGCCGGAAAUGGACAGCCAGGACAAUUUCCAUGGGUCAAGUUUAGCUUGACCAAGGCGGAGUACAAGGUCCGCGGCUGCUACGGCAGCUGCUACUGGUGCAACAGCACCAAGCAAAAGACCUCCCUGUGCCAAGAUCAGGGCAAGGAGGAUGUGCGACCCCGCCUCAGCUCGGGAAACUGAGCUCCGCGGAAGGUGAGGCGACUCCACCUUCUA